AUGGCUGGUGAAGAGCAUAUGACUACGCUCACGCCCACCACCGCGCCUCGAACACCCUCCAUCUCAUCCUCGCCAAGUUCAUCAGUUUCCGGUCUUGCGACCUCGACACCCUCGUGCACCCAUCGAGGGACCGCGACAAACGGUCAAGAGCGGGAAACAAUAGCAUGUGGGCGCGCGAUCACGACGUCGGACGGGAAGCGCGUGGCAGUUUGUCGGGUCAAGCCCUCGAAGCGGUCGCUCAUCCCACCGCCGAACUUUGGCAUCGUCGAGGAAGGGCUCUAUCGCUCUUCACAGCCUACCGAGGCCAACUUUCCGCUCUUGGACAAGCUGGCACUGCGGACGGUGAUCUGGCUGGCGCCUGAGGAGGCGAACGAACCCUUCCGCAACUACAUCAAAGACCGCAACAUCACUCUCCACCACCUCGCUGCCGACGAGUUCGCUGCCAGCUACGACCCCUUAUCCGAAGAAACCGUCCUUCAAGCGCUUGACCUCAUCCUCGAUCCGACGAACGCGCCCAUUCUCGUGUGCUGUGGACAAGGACGGCAUAGGACUGGUACGGUCAUCGGCUGCUUGCGGAAGUUGCAGCACUGGGCGUUAACGGCGACCUUGGAGGAGUACCGAAGAUACGCCGGCCCAAAAGUCCGUGUCGGAAACGAGCAGUUCAUCGAGCAGUUCGACGUCGACCUCAUCGUCGUGCCUCCUCCUCCCGCCUCUCCCAAUCCUGGCUCGUCUUCCUGA